GACGUCUGGCUGGUGGGCAGGAAGGACAGGCUGGUGGCCGCCGCCCUGGAGCUCUCCGCGGCCGUCGGGCAGCCGGCGAUCGUGCAACAGGCCGAGGGCAUGAGCGCCGGGUACGCCGGGUCGAGGAAGGAGGUGGUGUGGUCGACCGGAGGAGAGUUGCGCAAGGCCGUCCUGGUCGCGUUGCCCGAGGCCGGGAGGUACGUCGCGCCCUGCAGGCCGGACGUGAUUUCCAAGCAGCUGCACGGUCUGCUGGCCGGCCAGGACGUCGUGCUGGCGGUGGCGGAGGACGACGUGCUGGCGGCCGGGCUCGCAGUGGCGAGAUGCCUGCCGCCGUAUUCGGCGCAGUCGAAGCCGCGGGAGGCCUCAGACUGCCAGGUCGGCUUCCACGGCUGCGCCCCGCAGGCGCAGCUCCUCGCAAAGCUGCAGGUCCUGGCGGAGUCGAUCCGCGUAGCGCAGGGGCUGGUGGACAUGCCCCCUAACCUGGUGCACCCGAUGUCAUUCAAGGACUUCGCCCUGGAGGCCCUGAAGGGUGUCGACGGUCUGACGUACGACGUCAUCGAGGGGGCCGAGCUUGCCGAACGCGGGUACGGGUUGCUGCACGCCGUGGGCCAGGGCUCCGGCCCCGCGAGGCCACCGUGCCUCCUCACCAUCACGCACCCCGGGGACGGCAGCGGGCAGAAGGGCGUGGCAUUGGUCGGCAAGGGCAUCACAUUCGACACCGGGGGGGCCGCGCUCAAGCCGCGCGAAGGGAUGUGCGGCAUGAAGCGGGACAUGGGCGGCGCCGCCGGGUGCUUCGGCGCCUUCCUGGCCGCGGCCAGGAGCGGGGGCCUCCCCUCGGGGCGGCCGCUGCACCUGGUGCUGUGCCUGGCCGAGAACGCCAUCGGGGAGAGGUGCUUCGUGCAGGACGACAUCCUGGUCGGCUACAGCGGCCUCACGGUGGAGAUCAACAACACGGACGCCGAGGGCCGGCUGGUGCUGUCGGACGGCGUGGCGCACGUGGCCAAGCACCUGGACUGCGAGCUGGUCGUGGACAUUCGACAUGGCCACGCUCACGGGGGCGCAGGGCAUCUCCACGGGGAGCCACCACGCCACGGUGCUGGCGAGCGACGAGGGCCUGGAGAGCGCCAUCGUCUCGGCGGGCCUCGCCUCGGGAGACCUCGUGCACCCUGGCAUCUUCGCGCCGGAGCUGCUACUGCACGAGUUCGACUCGAAGUUCGCUGA